UUUUUUAAAUCACUGAACUGGAAUAGACACCUGUAUAACAAGUGUUUAGCAAAUGCAUUAAAUUUGUUGUGUUCAUGUAGAAAAUUGAAUCGAAUAUGUGUCAGAUCUUAGACAUUAAUGCAGGUGCAUGCUUUGACAGACAACAUACAGCUCUCAUUUUUAAUGCACAAAUGGAAGUAGGCAAACGUGGAGAGAUUUGUCACAAAAAAUUGAUUUCAUUUAUUAUAUGUUUGAUGUAUUCGUCCAUGUCAGACGCCGCUUGUACUUUGCCUGAAGAUCUGCGAAGUAGCACGUGGGAAUAUAACUACACAGACGUAUCAAACACACAGCAGUCAAAAUCUCUCGUCAUCUCAACUACAACGCUACAGAAUUCCGUAAUCAGUUUAGAUGGUCGUGGGACAACGUUGGACGAUUGGACUUGCAUAAAUAAUUUAAAUAUUUCUAGCACUGAGGGAGUUGUGGUUUUCAAAAGUGACUCAACCUUUUCCGAUGGACCUUCCACAAACUACAGGCUGUAUCUAUGUAUGAAAUUUACAAAAGUGACCCCAGAUUUAUAUUACUUUUACCUUUUGUCAGAUAUUUAUGCUGACGUAACCCCAAACGAACGAACGUUCGCGACAAGUGACAGUCCAGCUAAUGAUGCUCCAAUAUGUAGCACUUUCUGUAAAUACACAGUAGAUACACCGAAAAUUCGUACAUUAAGAAGACCAGGCACAAUGGAUACAUUGCCGAGCAGUACAUCAUUAUGUGCGUGUGGCAGCUCAUGCAAAGAUGACAGGUGCGAACCAAACCCGUGUCAGAACAACGGCACGUGUGUUGAUUUGACCGACAGCUUUAACUGCACAUGUGCUCCUGGAUGGGAGGACGAUAAUUGCACAACUGCGGUGACAUGUGACUACCCGAACACAGUGCCUCAUACAACGAAUGUAACAAGCGGUAACGAACAAGAUGAUACCAUAACGUUGUCCUGUUCUGUUGGUUAUAACAAAAACUCCGGAGAUGAAGUUCUUACUUGUAAAGAUGAUGGUGAAUGGGACGGAUCUCCUAUUAUCUGUUCUCCAGUAACAUGCCCCAAUCCUUCUACGCCUGUCUCUGCCACAAAAUUGGUACAAACUGGUUCAAAUUAUCUGGACACGAUAACAUACAAGUGCAACACUGGCUAUGAACUAUCAUCUGGGAAUUUAGUACGGACGUGUAAAGAGGGUAAACUCUGGGAUGGAAUUCCUCCUGUUUGCACAAAAGUUACAUGCCAAAAUCCUUCUGCAGCUUCAUUUGCCUCACUAGAAACACAGACGGGUUCAAAGUAUCUUGAUACUCGAAUAUACAAAUGUAAUACCGGUUAUGAACUGGCAUCCGGUAAUUUAGUUCGGAAAUGCAAGGAGGAUAAACAAUGGGAUGGAAACCCUCCGGUUUGUACAAAAGUUACAUGUCAAAAUCCUUCUGCAGCUUCAUUUGCCUCACUAGAAACACAGACGGGUUCAAAGUAUCUUGAUACUCGAAUAUACAAAUGUAAUACCGGUUAUGAACUUGCAUCCGGUAAUUUAGUUCGGAAAUGCAAGGAGGAUAAACUUUGGGAUGGAAGUCCUCCGGUUUGUACAAAAGUUACAUGUCAAAAUCCUUCUGCAGCUUCAUUUGCCUCAUUAGAAACACAGACGGGUUCAAAGUAUCUUGAUACUCUAACAUACAAAUGUUAUACCGGUUAUGAACUAGCUUCCGGUAAUUUGGUACGGAAAUGCAAGGAGAACAAACUUUGGGAUGGAAACCCUCCGGUUUGUACAAAGGUUACCUGUCAAAACACAUGGCUAGUGGCUUUUUCAACUGUAUCUACAACUGGUAAUCAGUAUCAGGACACAGUUACAUAUACAUGUAACACUGGCUAUGAACUAACAUCUGGUAAUUUGGUUCGCACAUGUAUGGAAAAUAAAAAUUGGAGUGGAAACCAACCAGUUUGCACAAUUACCUGCCCAGAUCCUGGUGAAAGUGACCAUGUUACAAGGCAAUUGAAUGGAAAUAAUCCUACAGAAACCGUAGUGUAUAAGUGUGACUCCGGAUACGAUUAUUUCUCUGGAAAUACGACUAGAGUAUGUGGAAGCGAUGGUCAAUGGUCUGGUAAAAAGCUAGUUUGCAGGGCUUACCUUGCAGUGUCAAAUGAACAGAGCAAUUAUAUCAUUGCUGCAACUAUCAGUGGAUUAUUGCUCAUACUUGCAAUCAUAGUGAUUUUCUUAUUUUGUUAUUUCAUAGUACGAAAAAAGAAAAAUUAAAAAUGGGAAAAUGGACUGCAAAUCGUCAAGUGAAAUGCAUUCCUCCCAUAGACUAUAAUAUCUUCUUCAUAAACAAAAAGAACCACAACAGUUUUUUGGUUUUGAUGUUAUUUUGGGUUUUUAUGCCCCACCUACGAUAGUAGAGGGGCAUUAUGUUUUCUGGUCUGUGCCUCCGUUCGUUCGUCCGUCUGUGCGUCCGUCCGUCUGUUCCGCUUCAGGUUAAAGUUUUUGGUCAAGGUAGUUUUUGAUGAAGUUGAAGUCCAAUCAACUUGAAACUUAGUAUACAUGUGCCCUAUGCUAUGAUCUUUCAAAUUAAGAUGCCAAAUUAGAGUUUUGACGCCAAUUUUACGGUUUACUGAACAUAGAAAAUGCAAAUUUCAGGUUAAAGUUUUUGGUCUAGGUAGUUUUUGAUAAAGUAGAAGUCCAAUCAACUUGAAACUUAGUGUAUAUGUUCCCAUUGAUAACAUCAUUCUAAUGCUAAUGCCAAAUAAGAGAGUUUAUUCCAAUUUCACGGUCCACUAAACAUAUGAAAUGAGAGUGCGAGUGGGGCAUCCGUGUACUGUGGACACCUUCUUGUUUGUAAUGUUUUAAUGAUGUUCGCUACUCUGUUUUAAAAAUAUCAAGCUUAAUUAAACACUGUUAUAAAUUUAUAUUGUAUAAAUGAAAGAAUCAACAGAGCAGAAAACUAUGAAGGGUCAGUGUGCUUGUUUUAAAGAUAUAAGCUUUUAAAAUUUGGCAGGGAAUGAGUAUCUCUAUAUUUGUCAUACAUUAACAUUAGUCCAGUCAAUCUAGCAUAAUUUUACCCUAACCAGAAAGUAAAUGCAACAGAAUAUUUUUGAGUUUUAAUCUCUAUUAGCAUUAUACCCAAAAUAUACACAGAAAAAAGUCCCACAAAAUCUGACUUGAGGUAGAAAAUAAAUCACCAUUUAAAAUUCCUCUAAGGGUUUUCAUUGGAAAGGGAGAUAACUCUUGCAAAAAAAGCAGAAAUAUCAAUAAAAAUUGAUAUAAAAUUAUAACUUUACCACUUCUAUUCAUCAGAAUGUAUUGAUUCUUGAUUUUUUAGCGGUAUUUAGGGUAUAUAAAAAAAAACACUCUAAAGGUGUGUUCAUUCAAGCUAUAAUCUAGAUUUCGUAAUUCAUUAGUUGAUCAUUUUUUUGAAUUUUUCAACAUGUCAAGGUAAAGAAAUUUACUAAAAAUAAUUAAGCAUGUAUUCUUCUUUUUGUGGUUUAAAGAUUCUUCAGAUAAGUAUUAACGAUGCUGAAAAAAUAUAAUUAUACAGAUAUAAACAAUGCCUAAUUUUUAAAUCAUUUUGGUCACAAAGCCUCAAAUUAGCAAUUUCUUUUAUGAAAAACGCACAAUAAAAAAGAAAACUACACAUAACACUUAUGUUUUGUACAUUGUAUGAGCAGAAGAAUAUAUAAUUUGGUCAAAUACUUAUAACCUCAUUAAAGUAUUAUACUUUAAAUAAAGAAAAUCAACCAGAAGCUGACCAAAAAUACUCAUUUUUGCAGAAUUAUCUCCCCUUCCAAUGUUAAUUUCCAUAGGAAAAGUUAGAUUUUAUUGGACUUUUUUGUGUAUAUUAAGGGCAUAUUUCUAUAGAUUAGACCUAAAUAUUUUCUGUUGAAAUUAUUUUUAUGUUAAGUCUUAGUUUGACCGGACUACAUUGGAACCUUUUCUUUAAAUUUUAAAAGAAAAAUGAAAAAUUAACAAGGAUUUGAUAAAAUCUUCAAAUAAUUGCUUUUCAAGCUUUGCGUAAUCAAAAUAUGAGAAAAGUCGGGGUUUGUAGGCAAACUUGUUUAAUGGCACUACGUACUUAAAACUUGGCAAACAUUCAAAGCAAGAGAGCAGAGAGUAAAGUGGGUUAGAAAAUAUAGAUUGGAGAUAGUUCUCUAUUCACCAAUAUUUGAAGAAAUAAGGAAGACGAGUGAGAUGGAUAAAAGAACAGGAUAUUUGGAUGAGGAUAUUAUUAUACAAAUGCUACAGAAUUUUAUCUACAUUUUAUAGCUUAUCAAAUGAUCAUACGGUUAUUGUUUAUAAUUGUUAUUAUCCUUGCAGAUGUAUCAUAAAGGUUUACUACAUUUGUAAU